AUGUGGAACAAAAGACGGAUUUUACAGCCAGCCCAAGAUGCAGUUAAGGAGAGAGGACACUGGGGCAGCAAGUUGGAGUUUCUUCUGGCUGUUGCUGGGAACAUAGUGGGCCUGGGCAAUGUAUGGAGGUUUCCGUACUUGUGCUAUAAAAACGGCGGCGGUGCAUUUUUGGUGCCGUAUUUUGUGUUUGCGGCGACAUGUGGUGUACCGCUCUUCCUUAUGGAGACCACCAUGGGCCAGCACACCCAAGAGGGGGCCAUCAGCUGCUGGAGGAAGAUGUGCCCACUAGCGGAAGGUAUCGGCUAUGGUGGGCAACUGAUCCAGCUGUAUAGCUGCAUGACCUACAUUAUUAUUCUGGCCUGGGCUCUCUUUUACCUUGUGUUAUCCUUCAACUCUCCACUACCCUGGAGCACGUGCGACAAUUACUGGAACACAGAAGAUUGUCUGGAUGUUACAACAAUGAACCACAUGAACUACAGCAAAGGAACCUCAGCAGCAACGGAAUUCUGGGAACGUCGAGUGUUGAAAAUUUCAGGCGGUAUUAAAGAGAUUGGCACCAUCAGGUGGGAGGUCCUACUGUGCCUCCUGGCUAUGUGGGUCAUUUGUUACUUUUGCAUAUGGAAAGGAGUCAAAUCAACCGGAAAGGUUGUGUAUUUCACUGCCACGUUCCCUUACGUGAUGCUCCUGAUUCUUCUGAUCCGAGGGCUCACUCUUCCGGGAGCAAGACAAGGAGUGGAGUUCUACCUUCUGCCCGAGCUGUCGCGACUUACAGACAGUCAAGUGUGGUUGGACGCUGGUUCACAGGUCUUCUUCUCGUACAGCAUCUGUUGUGGAACCCAGGUUGUACUGGGCAGCUACAACACUCACAGCAACAAUUGCUACAAGGACUGCUUAUGGCUGUGUUUACUGAAUAGUGGUACGAGCGUAGUUGCGGGCUUUGCAGUGUUCUCGGUGCUAGGAUUCAUGGCUCACGAGCAAGGUGUUUCUAUUGCAGAGGUGGCCGAGUCAGGUCCAGGAUUGGCAUUCAUCGCGUAUCCUCAGGCAGUAGCCAUGAUGCCCCUGCCUCAAGUUUGGUCCAUAUGCUUCUUUGUCAUGAUCAUCCUCUUAGGCUUGGACACACAGUUUGUUGGCAUGGAGGUGGUGAUUACAUCCUUCUCAGACAUAUUUCCAAAAGUGAUGCGCAGGGCGGGCAGGCAGGAACGUUUCGUCUUGCUGUUCUGCCUCACGUGUUUCUUUUUGCAGCUCAUCAUGAUCACUGAGGGAGGGAUGUAUAUCUUCCAGAUUUUCGACUACUAUGCUUGCAAUGGAGCCUCCAUCCUAUUUCUGGGUGUGUUUGAAACCUUGGCAGUGGGCAGGAUAUUUGGAGCAGAGCGGCUGUGCUGCAUCAUCAUGGACAUGACAGGCGAACGUGCCAAUCCGUUCUUCAAAAUCUGCUGGCUCUACCUGACCCCUUUGGUUUCAUUGGGCUCUUUUAUAUAUUCUCUAGUUGAGUACAAGCCACUGACAUUCAACCGAUGGUACGUGUACCCUACCUGGGCCUACGUGAUGGGCUGGAUGAUGGCUCUCUCCUCUAUCCUGCUGGUGCCGUUCUGGGCACUGUUCAAGCUGAGUACAGUCACCGGAACCUUCAGUCAGCGUCUCCGUCAACUGUGCUGGCCCGAGCCUCCAGGUGGGACCCUGGACAAGAAAACAAAGCGAGCGAGAGCAUUGCAACAGAUCACUGAGGAGGACCUUGAAUGA